UAUUAUAUGAUCAGUGCAGUCAAAGAAAUGUUUAUCUAAUUAUUGGUUCGUGUAUACGUCUUGUUGCUUGGCCUUGUUUUAUUACUUGUGCGGUGAUGAGGCUCUCUAUUUUCCUUUUAUUGUUGCUAUGCAUUGCCUUUCCUCUCCAUGUUACAUCUCAUUCUAAUGAAGGUCAUCACAUAAACUGUGGUUCACAAAAGGAAACCACAAUAGAAGGCAUCAAAUGGAUCACAGAACAUGGCCUGACCAAACUAGGAAAAACACACAACCUUGACACUCUAGGCAUAUUACCUACAUUGUCAUCUUUAAGGUACUUUCCCGAAAAAUCGGUUCGAAAAUAUUGCUAUACAAUACCUGUGAUCAAAGGUGGCAAGUAUCUGAUCAGAACAAGUUACUAUUACGGUGGUUUUGACGCCGGAAAUGAGCCACCGGUCUUUGAUCAAAUCGUCGGAGAAACUAAAUGGAGUGUAGUGAACACUAGUGAGAAUUAUGCAAAGGGUCUUAGUACUUACUAUGAGAUUAUAACUGUUGCAUUGAGGAAAAAAAUGUGUGUUUGUCUAGCGAGGAAUGAAUUCACUGUGGGGAAUCCUUUUAUUUCUACUCUCGAAUUCGAGUAUUUGAAUGAAUCUAUGUAUAAUGAAACUGAUUUCAAGAACUAUGCACUUGCCACGACUUCUCGCCAUCGAUUUGGUCUUUCGGAUGGAGCUAUUCUCAGACAUCCAGACGAUCCAUUCAACCGAUACUGGCAAUCCUUCGCCGAUGAGAAUCCAGUUGUUGAGAGUCAUACACAUGUGAGUUCAUCGGACUUUUGGAACAACCCGCCAGAGACAGUGUUCCGAAGAGGCCUAACAACCAGCAGAGGAAAGAAACUCAUUCUCAAAUGGCCUCCGGCGAACCUGCAGAAUGGAAACUACUACAUUACUCUUUACUUUCAAGACAACCGAACUCCGAGCCCGUUUAGUUGGAGGAUCUUUGACAUUAAAAUAAAUGGCGAGAACUUGUACACUAAGCUCAAUGUCUCAACCGCCGGUAUUAUGGUUUAUAGUGCUCAUCAGCCACUUUCAGGGCAGGUAACAAUAACAUUGAUACCCGAUGAGAAUUCCCCAGUCGGUCCGGUGAUCAAUGCUGCAGAAAUCCUUCAGAUUGUUCCUCUUGGCAGAAGAACACAUACAAGAGAUGUAAAUGUGAUGGAGGAUCUUGCGAGAAGAUUAAAGAAUGUACCGAUAGAUUGGAGCGGAGAUCCAUGCAUGCCGAAAGAAAGUUCAUGGACAGGAGUAUCGUGCUCUGAAGGGAAGUUUGCAAGAGUUGUAUCAAUUAAUCUGACAAAUUUCGGACUUGUUGGAACACUGCCACAGAGCAUAGGCAAGUUAACUGCAGUAAAAAGAAUUUGGCUUGGAGGCAAUAAACUACAUGGAAACAUUCCAGACAUGAGUUAUCUGAAACAUUUAGUUUCUUUGCAUUUGGAGAACAACCAAUUCAAUGGAUCAAUCCCUACAUCACUAGAAAAGCUCGAAAAGCUUCAAGAAUUAUAUCUUCAGAACAAUAAUCUUAGGGGCGAACUUCCAAGCAAUUUGAGAAACAGGGGACGAAUCAAAAUUCAAUAUAAUGAAUAAAUGAUAGAUAAUGAAAGAUAGAGUUCUUUCCAAUCAGCAUAAAUAUUAAUCC